AUGAAGGUACCGUCCAGAUCUGGGCCGAUACGUUCAAACCGCCGACAAAGAGGUGGGGACCAAGCAUUCAUUCAUCAUCAACUGGUUGUCGGGGGUGCGGUUGGCGCGCGUUUCUCUCUCUCUCUCUCUCUCUCUCUCUCUCUCUCUCUCUCUCUCUCUCUCUCUCUCUCUCUCUCUCUCUCUCUCUCUCUCUCUCGCUCUCUCUCUCUUUUUUUUUUCCAAGUUUUUAGCGCCAUCGAUGACAUUAGUGAUGAGGAGUUUGCCGAGCUGCUCCAAGUUUUGAACGCAGAGCUCACGGCUGUUGAGGGAGCGCUUCGCACCGUGCAACAAGGAAUUGCCCGCCCCACCGCUCGUGCGCCUCGGGAGGUAGCCCCUGAACCCUAUCAACCCAGUCGCCCCACGCUGCCUGAUCGCACCGAGCACACCAAUCCCGAGUACGAGGCCACGCUUCGGGUGCGCGACAAGCAACGGCGCGCUCAGGAAGUGACGUCGACGACGAAAGAACGCAUCGUUCAAGACGAUGCCACGGCCGAUGCCCUGUUGCAGUCCAUCAACGAGCGCUGGGAGCGCGCCCGAGGUGCUUACUUGCAAGAGACGGCCACCAAGAACCGCGAGCAGCGAGCUCGCAUCCGAGCAGCUGACGAACGCUUCCGCCGUUGGCAAAGUGCUCAAGCCAUCAUCAAAAGCAUCGAGGCUCGCGAAAUCCUUGCCCGCCGCGGUGUUGGUCAGCCCUCUCGCAACACCACAGAUCACAACUUUCUUCGCCAUGUGCCAAAGUCGGCUGCCUAUCUUCGUCUCCUUGCAGCGGAGCGCGCCGCGAACGCACCGCAACCGACACGCCGCGAACGCAUCCGCGCUUAUACUCAGGAGAUUCGCCAGCAAAUGGAUGCGCAAGCCGAAAGCCGCCGUCAAGCCGCUCAGGCGCGUUCGGACCCACCAGAGGCGGGCGAGCCGGACGAUGCCGAGGACAUGGGUGCCCACUCAUGGGCACUCACCGGCAUGGCCCCUGACGAUGCUCCUGUCGCUCCCAAAACUUCAACCAGCUCCGAGGAAGCAACCUCACUCUCCUACUGGCUUCAGCGUCCGCCUCUGUACGUCAUGAAGUCAGUCUUUGGAGCAGACGAUGAGGCAGCCGCUCAGCGCGAGCGUGACCAGGAACGGGAUGCCCGUGCUUUGGCAGCCCUCGACGCCGAGCAGACCUUAGUCCUUCAAGCACGACAAGCCAAGGCCCGGCGCAAGCAACAGCGAAUCAUCCAGCUUCGUCGCCAGGCCCGCCUUGAUGCCGCCGUGGCCAACCGGCAACUGGCCACCGGUGCUCUUAUGGAUGUUGAAGGUGUCUAUGAUGAUCUCCUUGAGGAGGAAGAAGAGGAUUUCGAGGACGAGGGUGAGGCAGGACAGCAAAUGCUGCAAGAGGAGCAGCAGGCGGACCAUUUUCCCUCUGCCCGCACCCCGCUGGCUGAAGCGUUGGCAGCUCUGUCCAUGUCUAGCCGGCCGCCAGGCACACCGCAACUUGGCCCUGGCGCACAUCGCCGCUCUCCUCCACAGCCCAACCCAGCCACGACAAGCCCCCCACCGCGAGGAGCUGCCCCAAGCUCAGAUCAAGCCGCUACGGUGAAAAUGACCAACGCUCUUCUUCAGGAACUUCGAACCACAAGCAAACCAGCAGCAUUGCGCCUCAACGCGCGCCGUGAUCGCAGCAAAGCCCUUCGCGACUAUCUAGCACCAUCCACCUCCAGCCUGCUCCGCACCAAGCCCGUGGCCCAGCGCUCCUCCCGGCCUUCGGGCAUGACGGAGAUGGCACAUGAGGCCACAGACGCUACUGAUCAACCUGCGCUUCAGCCACUCACACUUGACACGCUACACAAGGGCGCUGUCGUGCGUGAGGGGCGACCCCGACCCGUCUGGCAGCCAGCCUUUUGA